GCGCUGCUCUCUGUGUUGGAGUGCGCGUUUACCAGAGCCCGCUCCAGCAUCGAACGUACGCCUAAUCGCGAUCUAGAAUCCUCUCGAUCGUUCGCAGGCAACGACAACGAUCACGGUCAUGUUGGUGGUCAUUCGGAACACGGCUCAAUCCCGAAUAUGCGAUUUCAUGCUUCCGGAGAUAGCGCAAAAAUGACGAGUCAUGUCGGUCCGGGUUUACGCCGCGCAUUCACGCAACGUCGACUCAUCAUCACAUACACGCUCCUAAAACAUUGUUUGCAAAGUACGCGAAUCCUUUUGCGCCAGAUACGGAGUUGACUUGAAACAACGCAUAUAAACACUGGUCCCUCGUGUGUAGUGGUGUCGUCCGAUCUGACAAUCUGCUGCUUCAGUGCGUGAGCGACGUUGACAUUGACCGCGACGAGCUCUCCGAGCGUUUGUGUGUAGUACGCAUCUCUCUGUGUUGAAUCCUUCGUCUUCCUGGCAGAGACAACAACGAAAAGAACAAUUGUGGUGCGGUGUUUGCGCCGUACUAGUCACACCUCCCCUCCCUUGAUCGUACAGCUAAUUCGGUGUAGCGACACAGCUGAUUCGCGAAACAAUAGGUGAUGUAACAUAUCGCAUGAGCUUCGCGAACCAAGAGAUGCCGGUUCUUGCUGAAACACUGUGGCUGGAACCGUAAGUCGUGGGCCGUCUGUAUUGGUCCGUGGUGAACGAAUUUACUUCGUUUCGCCGCUGCAACGUGGACGUUUGUUUUUUUUUGCCAUUGCCUCCUGACUGAAGAAAAGAGAAAGCAUCCGAUUUCGGCUAGACUGCAGAGAGUUUAAUCACCUCCAGACACACACACACACGGGGGGCAAACAGACUGAUGGCUGCCAUUGUGUUGACGCGUGCCCGGAACCUCGCUCACUUGGCGUAUGGCUUGCGGUACAUUCGAACACAGGUCGCAUCACCGUUGCUGUCAAAGGAGAACUAUGACUACGAUCUGGUGGUGAUUGGUGGCGGAUCCGGUGGAUUGGCCUGCGCUAAACAGGCGGUCCAGCUCGGUGCCAAGGUAGCCGUGCUGGACUUCGUGAAGCCAUCGCCGCAAGGUACGCGCUGGGGUUUGGGCGGCACCUGCGUCAACGUUGGCUGCAUCCCGAAGAAGCUGAUGCACCAGGCGUCACUGCUCGGUGAGGCGAUCCACGAUUCGCAGCCGUACGGCUGGCAGUUCGCCGAUCCAGCCUCGGUACGCCACGAUUGGGCCACGCUGACCGAAUCGGUUCAGAACCACAUCAAGUCGGUCAACUGGGUGACGCGGGUGGACCUGCGCGACCAGAAGGUGGAGUACAUCAACGGGCUCGGUUACUUCCGCGAUGCGCACACGGUGGUGGCACGCAUGAAGAACGAUACCGAGCGUGAACUGCGCACCAAGCACGUGGUGAUAGCGGUCGGUGGUCGGCCGCGCUAUCCCGACAUUCCCGGUGCGGUCGAGCACUGCAUCACGAGCGAUGACAUCUUCAGCCUGCCGCGGGCCCCCGGCAAAACGCUGCUCGUCGGUGCCGGUUACAUUGGGCUCGAGUGUGCCGGUUUCCUGAAGGGGCUCGGUUACGAUGUAACGGUAAUGGUGCGGUCGAUACUGCUGCGUGGCUUCGACCAGCAGAUGGCGACCAUGAUCGGCGAUUCGAUGGUUGAGAAGGGCAUACGGUUCCACCACAAAACGCGCCCGCUAGCGGUGGAGAAGCAAGCGGACGGUCGGUUGCUGGUGCGCUACGAGACCGAUGGUGCCGAAUCGGGCACCGCCGAGGACACCUUCGAUACGGUGCUGUUCGCGAUCGGGCGCCAGGCCGAAACUGGUUCGUUGCAGCUGGAUAAGGCCGGUGUCGUCACGGCCGACGGUGGCAAAUCGGACAAGCUGGACGUGGACGACGAGAGCCACCGGACGAACGUGGAGAACGUGUACGCGGUCGGUGACGUGCUGUACCGGAAGCCCGAGCUGACGCCGGUGGCGAUUCAUGCCGGGCGUAUCAUUGCCCGCCGCCUCUUCGGUGGUUCCAGCGAAACGAUGGACUACCGGGAUGUGGCCACCACCGUCUUCACGCCGCUCGAGUACGGGUGCGUCGGGCUGAGCGAGGAGGCAGCUGAGGCGGCCCACGGCAAGGACAACAUCGAGGUGUACCACGCGUACUACAAACCGACCGAGUUCUUCGUGCCGCAGCGAUCGGUGCGCUAUUGCUACCUGAAGACGGUCGCAUUGCGCGAGGGCGACCAGCGGGUGCUGGGGCUGCACUUCCUCGGACCGGCCGCUGGCGAGGUAAUUCAAGGGUUUGCAGCCGCCCUCAAGUGCGGUCUAACGAUGAAGGUGCUGCGCAACACGGUCGGCAUCCAUCCGACGGUGGCCGAAGAGUUUACGCGUCUCGCCAUCACCAAGAGCUCCGGUCUCGAUCCGACCCCUGCCACCUGUUGCAGCUAAGCCAACCAGCCAGCCAGCCUCCGAACGGACGGACCAACUUACCUUUCUCUCUCUACAAUCAGCAGCACACACACACAUACACAUACACGAGCAGUCGAGCGGUGGUUGGUUUUGGAAAUUAACUGGAAAAACACAUCAUAACCCAAUCAACCGCUCACCCCUCUAUCCCUAUCCCGUUUUUUUUUGUAGCCUGUUUGGGUCUCUCAUGUGCGUUCCUUCUUCAUUCUAUGGCGGACUCAAUCAAAUUGAGCAAAGGUGGCAUGUGUGAUUGUAGUAUGUGUUAUCAUAACAAAAGAAAAAAAGAAACCGAAUUCUCCGACUCGAGUCGAUCAGACGAACGCAGGGAAACGUGUUCCUGGGAAAACGAGAAGCGAAACGUAUUAAAAAAAAAAAAGAAAACAAUCAAACAGCCCCAGGUAAAUGCACUCGAAC